GCAGCAACACCUUAAGUUCAUUGACAAGCUUCGGCAAUCAAGCAAGUGUCACUAGCUCAGCCAGCUCCACAACUACAACUACUACCACUUCAAGUGUAUCACUGAAACCAACAACGGGAUUUUCAAUUACUUCUCUUGCGACGAGUUCAGCUCCUCAAACUACAACAGCGAGUGCACCCGUGUCUCUUCCAGUAACUUCUACUGCCCCCACUACUGCAACUGCCGCCGUUCCUCAAAUUACUUUUGGAAAGUUGGAAGAUCAAAUUAAUUUAUGGAUGAAUGAGUUGACACAGUUUGAGUCGGACUUUCAUUCGCAAGGGCAAACCAUCAAUUCAUGGGAUUCACUGCUCAUUUCCAAUGGCCAGAAGUUGAUUGAGAUGAAGCAAACGACCGAGAAGCUUAGAAGUGCUCAUCGUGGAUUAGAUCACCAAUUGGAUUUUAUUAUUGCUCAGCAGAAGGAACUGGAGCAAUUACUUGAUCAGAUUGAGCAGAACAAGUACGAAAGUGGCUCCAACUAUGUAAACACCGAGCGCGAGCACACGUACUCGAUGGUGGAGACGGUGAACAAUGAUCUCAAUGCAAUUGGCAGUGACCUCAAGGACUUUAUUAAGAAGCUGAACGAAACUAAAUCGAAUCAAGACUCGAACGACCCCAUUGUACAAAUCUCAAAGAUCCUCAACUCGCACAUGAACGUGCUGCAGUGGGUGGAGAACCAAAUAAAGAACCUCAAAGUGAACUGCUAA